UCCGCUCAGCCUGCUGCCCCCGGCCGCUGCCCCCGGCCGCCAUGGCGGUGGGUGGCUGAAGGACCCAGCGCCCCCCCCUGGACGAGCUGAUGUUAAAAUCAUGGAUUCCAAAGAAUUGCUUAAGUCGUCAGAUCAAGACGAAACCGGGAAAAAUGUGCUCAUGAGUACCAAAGGAGGGAUCGUGAUGGACUUCCAUCCGCCCUUCAGGGGUGGAGCCUCCACACAAGCCCCUGUAUCUGCAGCUCCUCUCCCCGUGUCUUCUCAGUCAGACUCUGCUCAGCAACCCGCUCUGGCUGACUUCUCUAAAGGAUUGGUAAACAAUGUGCCUCCGCCGGACCUGUCCAAGGCAGUGUCGCUCUCCAUGGGACUGUAUAUGGGUGAAACAGAUGCGAAAGUGAUGGGAAACGACCUUGGAUUUUCACAACAGGGCCAAACUGGCAUCCCUUCUGGAGAAACGGACUUCAGGCUCCUGGAGGAAAGCAUAGCAAGCUUGAACAAGUCCUCGAGCCUGGCAGAGGACACGAAGGGAGCAGUGUCAUCCGAGGCGCCGCUGGAGCCGGACUUUGCGGGCAUGGCUGGCCGCGGGCCCCUGGAGCCGGGGGCUUCGGUCCAAAGCCAGGUCGGCUCCAACGGCGGCAGCCUGAAGCUGUUCUCUGAAGACCAAAGCACCCUGGAUAUCCUCCAGGACUUAGAAUUGCCAUCGGUAUCGCCUGGCAAAGAGCCGAAUGGGAGCCCGUGGCGGCUGGACCCGUUGCUCGAUGAUGGAGGUUUGCUGUCCCCCAUCUCUGCUGACGACACGUUCCUCCUGGAGGGAAACCUGGGGGAAGACUGCAAGCCCCCCAUUUUGUCUGACACUAAACCUAAAAUUAAUGACCGUGGUGACCUUUUACCCAGUUCCAAAAUGCCGAUGCCUCAAGUGAAAACAGAAAAGGAAGACUACAUUGAACUCUGUACUCCUGGCAUAAAGCAAGAAAACAUGGGCCCAAUUUACUGUCAGGCAAACUUCUCCGGGUCUAAUCUGCUGGGUGCUAAAGUCUCUGCCAUCUCUAUCCAUGGUGUCAGCACCUCUGGGGGACAGAUGUAUCACUAUGAUUUAAACACUGCAUCGCUCUCUCAGCAGCAGGAUCAGAAACCAAUUUUUAAUAUCAUUCCAUCUCUUCCUGCCAGUUCAGAAAAUUGGAAUAGGUGCCAGGGAUCAGGGGACGAGGCUUUAGCUCCCUUGGGAACGCUCAACCUUUCUGGCAGACCUGCUUUCUCUAACGGCUAUUCAAGCCCUGGACUGAGAUCAGAUGUAAGCUCUUCUCCAUCCACAACCUCAGCGACUACGGGACCACCUCCCAAGCUCUGCCUCGUGUGCUCUGAUGAGGCCUCUGGGUGUCAUUAUGGUGUUCUUACUUGUGGCAGCUGCAAAGUGUUCUUCAAAAGAGCUGUGGAAGGGCAGCACAACUAUCUCUGCGCUGGAAGGAACGACUGCAUUAUUGACAAAAUCCGGCGGAAGAACUGCCCGGCGUGCCGCUAUCGGAAAUGCCUCCAGGCGGGCAUGAACCUCGAAGCCCGCAAGACGAAGAAGAAGAUAAAAGGCAUCCAGCAGGCCACCGCCACGGGCACCAGGGACGCCGCCGAAGCUGCUGGAAAUAAGAGCGUGGUUCCCGCGUCGCUGCCGCAGCUCACACCCACGCUGGUGUCGCUGCUGGAGGUGAUCGAGCCCGAGGUGCUGUACUCCGGCUACGACAGCACGCUGCCCGACUCCAGCUGGCGCAUCCUGUCAACCCUCAACAUGCUGGGAGGACGGCAAGUGGUUGCUGCGGUCAAGUGGGCGAAGGCAAUACCAGGUUUCAGAAACUUACACCUGGAUGACCAAAUGACCCUUCUGCAGUACUCCUGGAUGUUCCUAAUGGCUUUUGCUUUAGGAUGGAGAUCAUACAAACAAUCAAAUGGAAAUCUCCUUUGCUUUGCACCAGAUCUGAUUAUUAACGAGCAGAGAAUGAAUCUACCCUGUAUGUAUGAACAAUGCAAACAUAUGCUGAUGGUUGCCCGCGAGCUGUCACGGCUUCAAGUCUCAUAUGAAGAGUAUCUCUGCAUGAAAACAUUGCUUCUCCUCUCUACAAUUCCUAAGGAAGGCCUGAAGAGCCAGACUUUGUUCGAAGAAAUUCGCAUGACAUACAUAAAAGAGCUGGGAAAGGCCAUCGUGAAAAGAGAAGGGAACUCGAGCCAGAACUGGCAGCGGUUCUAUCAGCUGACGAAGCUGUUGGACUCUAUGCAUGAUGUGGUUGAAAAUCUUCUGAGCUUUUGCUUCCAGACGUUUUUGGAUAAAUCCAUGAGUAUUGAGUUCCCAGAAAUGUUGGCAGAAAUCAUCAGCAACCAGAUACCAAAAUACUCAAAUGGAAAUAUAAAGAAGCUCUUAUUUCAUCAGAAGUGACUGCCUUAAUACAAAAGGGUUGCCUUAAGAAAACGUCAAAUGAUAGCUUUUUUCUUUUUUUCUUUUCUUUUUCUUUUUCUUUUUUUUUUUUUUU